ACCAGCUCCAGGGCAGCAGCUGGCUCAGGGACAGAGCUGAGGCUGGGGGCUGCUCUGGGGCCAUGGCACAGCUGGAGCUCUGGGCAGCUGCAGCUCUGAUGCUGCUGGGGGCGGCUGUCAGCCUCUGCAUCAGGUGCCAGCUCUCCCCAGCUACCAAAAGGGGGACACAGCUGAAUGAGCAGAGGAGCCAGCUCGAAAGCCAGCAGAGAUUUGAGGUGGUUCGAUCCCACACCAUUGCAACCCGAAGGCUGGAAAGUACUAAGGAACCUGAAGAUUUACCAAUAGCAAGGAAAGCCACUGAAGAGCUCAGUGCUUCCCAUCACACUGGAUAUGGGAGCAGAGAUGAGCCCAGGUACCAGAACUUCCUGACAGAGAGCUGCCUGCAAGAAGAGAAUCCCUAUGUGGAGCCCAUCUCUCUGGAUCACUACUACAACUGCACCAGGCUCUUCCACCCACCCCGUGGUAGUCCUCCAGGCAAGCAAGAGAAAGAUGAGGAUUCCUAUUCCUAUGAGAAUGUCACCAUUGGAGCAUCUCAGGGCUUUGAUCCAGAUGAUGCUGUAGACUAUGAGAACAGCAUGGCAAUACAAACAUGGAAACUCCAGCAAGGACAAGCCCUGCAGACAGAAAGCCUGGAUGAGGAGCCAGACUACAUCAACACAUGUCCUGUGUCAGGCCCUGCCCUGCUGUCAGAGCAAAGGUAGAAACAAGACUAAAUGUAUUCUGCAUAAAGUCUGAAGAAAUCUUUUGCUGAGCUGUAAGAGCACACCCAGUGAACAUGCACACAGGCAGAAGGGAGAUUUCCACCCCUCAGUGAAACCUCUUCUCCAAACUGUGCCUGCAGCAACAUAGAAGGGGUGUUGCAGAAAGGAAGAAAUGCACUGCUUGAAGCCCAGAGAAAUCCAACUGCAAACCAGCAACUGGAGAAAGCACCCUGCCCCAGCGACCACGGGCAAGCCCCACCCCAGUCUCAUUUCCCUGCAUGUCCACUCCAGGGCUGGGCAAUGUUUUCUCCUACAGCCAGGAUGUGAAUCCUCAAUUUGCUGAGCAGCAAUGCAGCCAGCUACUUAAUUUGGCAGGGUGACUCAUGCACCAUGGCAUUAAGCCAUAGGGAUUAUGUUCUGGUUUAGCUGCUGUGCUCUCCUAUAGGAGCAGUUUCCUACAUGAGAGGAACUGGCAAGGCAGAGGUUGUGUUUAUAACAGCAGUGGCUGGCUGGAGCUGAAUGAGAUUCCAACCUGCUCACAAAAGCUAAAGAGGAUUAAAUGCCUGCCUUAUCCAUGGCUUGUAAUUCACAGUGUUGGUCUGUGGCAGUUUUCCUCAUGUAUCAGUAUCUGUUUUAUAAUAGUUCAAAGAACCAGCAGCAAUUGUGAGAGUCAGAUCCAUGAUACCAGCCUCAGAAAUAUGGCUGUUGGAACAUCAUCUCAGAAACAGAAUUCCUAUCUCCUGAGCCCUGAUGCACAGCUCUGGCACUUCUGGAACAUUUAUUUAUUAAAACUGAAAAGCUUUCAAAGAAAAUGGGGUGUUUUGCUAUGG